AUGUUUUGUGUUGUUUCGCUCAGGUAUCUGAAAAAAGUCAACACCUAUUGGUCGAGUCGUGGCGUAAACGGUCCGAAACCGGUCAUUGGUUUUGGCAAUAAUCUGGAGCUCAUGAAUGUUGGCAGAGGUCGGGGCAAUAAAGACAGUGAAUGGAUGACCAAAUUUGGCAAAUUAUACGGUUACUACGACAAUACCCAACCGGUGCUCUGUAUAGCCGACCCGUUACUAAUCAAAGAGGUGGUCAUUAAGAACUGGCGCCUCUUUUUGAAUCGACGACAACCGACAUCGUUGUCCUGUUUGAAUCACGAAAUACUUUCGCUAAACAUUGAAGAGCUCCGGGAUGUCCAAUGGAAACGGUUGCGCACAGUUAUGAGCCCGUGGUUUACCAAUGCCUACUUUGGUACACUAGUCGAUAGUGAACGACAAUGUUUGCGGACAUUGUUUACGGCAAUAGACAGUCAUAUCGGUGACGGCGAUAAAGCUGUUAAUAUGAUUGAUGUCUACGAAAAAUACAUAAUCAAUGUGAUUGCCGGUCAGGUAUACGGUAUUUCGUUGGACUCGUUUACCGAACCCGAACAUCCGUUUGUCCAGAAUAUUAACAAAACAAUUGAUCCGAUCGACUAUCGGGUAUUAGCUCAGAAACUGUUGCCCAAUUGGUUGCUUAAGCUGUUGAACAUUAGGACACCGUUUGACGAGUCGGCUCAUCAAUACUUUCUGCAAUUAGCCAAACAUAUGCUCCGUAAGAGACUGAUUAGCGGCGAUAAGACCCGGGAUUUUGUUGGACAGUUCGCCCAGAUUUUGUCGGCUAACGACAACACUGCCGACGAUCGGCGCCGAAUUACUGACGAACAAUGGCUGCGGACAGGUAUGCAAAAGUUUGCCUACGAAGACGAAAUACUGGCCAACGUCUGGAAUCUGACAAUGGGUGGGUUCGAGACCCGAUUGAUAGCCGUAUCGUUUGCUACGUACGAGUUGGCCAUGAAUGAGGAACUACAGCAACGAGUUUACGACGAAAUAAUCAAAACGGUAGUCACAGACACCAGUAGUAGUACUGGUAAUAGUGGUAACAACAACAACAACAUUGAUCUGAAAGUUUUAUCUGGACUACCGGUGCUCAAUGCUCUCGUAUGCGAAACACUGAGACUACACUUUCUGGUUCCGUCCGACGCGAAAGUGGCCGCCGAAGAUUUCCGGUUAGCCGAUACGGGUCUGGUUAUUGAACAAGGGGUCAAAGUUGAAAUACCGUUUUACGCUAUACACAAAUGUCCUGAAUUUUAUGACCAACCCUGGACGUUCAAUGCCGAUCGAUUUUUACCCGAAAAUCGCCCGAAUCUAGUGGCCAACACUUUUAUGCCGUUCGGUAUCGGUCCGCGUCAUUGUAUAGCCGAACGAUUUGCCAGUUUGGAAGUUAAGUAUGUGUUGGCCGAAAUGUUAAUCAGAUAUCGGGUCCAGCGGUGUCCGCAAACAGUGGUCGGCCACUCGUCCAAGAUAUUUGACUCGAGAAAUAUGUUUUUGAAAUUUGUUAAACGCUAUUGA